AUGCCGGUGGAACUGUGGCUGAUGGUCGCCGCCCAUCUCGAUUUAAGCAGCCUCAGCGCCUUCUCCUCCACGUCUCGUGGCUUCCACCAUCUUUUCGCGAGUGCUCUCUUGCCUCGCUAUAUCGGGAAGGCUCGGAGCGAGCAAGACCGCGUGGAUCGCAUUAGCGAGUUGUUCGUGCACGCGGCGAGGACCGACUCGACUAGGAUACUCGAUCAGUUGACGACCGAGUACCGCAGUGUCGUCAACUUUGUCGGUUUGAUCCCCUGCUACCGCCUCGGCCUCCAGUACGCCACCUUUCUCGACUUCGCCCUCGCCGCCGACGCCCCCCAGGUUGCGCGGCAUCUCGUCAAGGUUGGUUGUAAUGACCUUGCCGUCCUCCGAUCGUGCACAGGGCUGAAACCGCUCGCCCUGGCACUGGCUGGGUGCUAUGGGGCCUCGCCCUCGCUGACAACGGCGGAGUCGGCGCUGCAAACCGCCAUCGACUUUGCCCUGCCGCGGACGGCGCGGGUCCUCCUGACCCGCGUAGCCGAUGUGAACGCUAAGGCAGGCGGCGUUAGGGAGCCAUUGCUUCAUGCGCGCAGCUGGGACAAAUGGCACAAGGGCCGCUUCCAGGUGCCCAUCAAGGUGCCCACCCCUCGCGACACGCGCGACCCCUUCUGUCAGCGCAGCGUCGCCCAGGCGGUCGCGACGCUCCUCGAGUUUGGCGCCCGCACUGACACCCGCACGCCCCCCGCCAUGCUCGCCCACAGCUGCACCCACCGCUGCUGGCGCUCGUCGACGUGCCGCUACGGCGGCCAGACCCCGCUGCACCUGGCCGCGGCCUCCGACUACGCCCCCGUCAUUCCUCUCCUCCUAGCCCGCGACCCCGCCGCCUUCCACGCCCCCGACGACGGCGGCUACACGGCGCUGUACACGGCACUCGUGCGCGGCAACCUCGACGGCGUCCUGGCCCUACUGGACGACCCCAGCGCGCCCGGCCCCAACCCCGCCAUCACCUCCAACGCCAGCAACCCCUCGCGCGACACCCCUCGCAACAGCACCACGGCCCUUCACGUAGCUGCGCGUUUUCGCCUCCUCCCGGCGCCGUGCGCGCACUGCUUGAAGCGCGGCGCCGAUCCCAACGCGCUGGACGGCUCUUACGGGCGGCCGCACGCCCGUGCACGAGGUGCUGCUGCCGGGGUGUGA